CAGGAUACCAUCUCCUCCUGUAGAUGAUGCACGAGGAGAGUACUUGGUAUGCAAAUCACGAGCUGCGGUCGCCUGCUCCUGUCGAACUUCACCCACAGACUUCAUGGUCAGAUUGAGAUUACCUUGGACAACAUCCAGUCGCUCUACUUGCUCUUCGAAUUUCUGGUCAAGGCCAUCCAAUCGAUCUGCAAUCUCAUCGAUGCGCCCCAUCUUCUCCGUGACCAGAGUGAGCGCCUCGAGCUGUUUGAGGACCCGCUGCUCGAAGCUCUCCAUGGAGUCGAGGACCAGCGUCGUCUGUGCGUUCGCCUUGGGAGGAGCCGUUGCGCCCUGUGUCUACCGCCGCCGGAAUCAGCGAGUACAAGGGCAAGCCCGUUCCUCUACAACUGAUCCCUUCACCACCGUGCUGCGCCAACCGAGUAUCUCCGCCGGAAUUUUACACCCACCGGAAUGGCCGGUGGAAACCGCGGGACACGCUCGAUCCGCAGCCGAAUGCACACCGCCGCCACGAACUCGCCACCCGUGUCGCCGAAUCGAUGCGACCCACACCGCUGCCACGAACUCCGACGCCGACGAGGGAUUUUACGAGAGAGCCCAACCUCGUCGAAAUCGAAUCCGAUCCGCCGCCGAUCGCCCAUGCAGGCGCGCGUCGCUAUUCCCAGCCCUAUCUCCGCGCACCGCCACCCCCAGCCGGACCCGACCCAAUCACAUCGCCAUGGCAUGGUGUCUCCAUCUCCCGAUGACGGAGCAGCACCUUCCCGACGGCGCGCCUACCACCGCUGACAAGGAACUCUGCCCCAAGCCUCCUCCCCCCUCCUCACGUCCGGAUGGGCAAGAUCCAGCCAGCACUGAAGCCUAUCCCACCGGCGCAGCUCCCCAUCACCAUUGCGCUGCUCCUUCCUCGUGUGUCUCCACUUCCCCUUGCUGCUCGGAUUGGUGUGCCGCGGUGCCGCCACCCAGGUCAAUUUCAUUCCUUCAGCCCUGCAUCUCCUUGAUGGCUCGUUCGAUCACUUCUACAUAAUCAGUUCUUUGACAUGUGUGUUGCACGGUAGGUGUUUGCAGUAAUGCUUGAGCACAGCACCAGCCGCCGCCGCUGUCAUUGCGUCCCUGAACUGCCACGCGCCGCCUGCGGCCUCGCUUCUUCCCCUGUCUUCUGCCCGGGCGAACCCCUUUUUGUGCUCCCAGGCACAGCUGCAACCUCCUUCUCAGUCCAAAUUGAGCGCUGGUUGUCGUACAAGUUGAAUCCUAGCUACAGUCUUCGCCAAGGAAGCCAUCCUCCCUGUUCUAAACUACCAACAGCCUUUGCAAAUGUGUACAAAAUUCAAGCGGCCAAAUCCCGGCACACCUGAUAGUUCAAACUUACACCUGGCCUGCGACCAACUGCACCGCCUCUAUAAGCUCCUCGGGAAUGACUUGGUAGUAGCUGGGAUCCCCCGACAGCGGAAAAAUCCCGGCGCACCCAGCCGCCGCUCGUGAUCCCCGCUCCUUCAUCUCGACUUUGCCGGUGCCGUCAGUCCACAGGAGUAGGAGCGGCAUGCCCGGCAACAAACAAGACAGAAGUGGGGGCUCAGUUGCUGCUGUAAAUCGAACAAUUUGGAGGAGGAAUGCGUGAGAAACAAGUCUCCCAACGAUGGCAAGGGUACGACCGGCGACAACGAGUGGGUGGCAAGUGUACCACAGCGAGAAAUGAGACUGAGGUAUGAAGCAGAUGUGCGUGGUGAGUUCUCGUUUCAUAAGUUCAAGUGUUUUCCCCCUAUAAAGUUCAGAGAAAAAACAUUAUGUUGCUUAUUGCUCAGUUCGUGUGUAACCACUGGAGGAGUUCAAAAAAUCAGAACUCAUGCAGUUUCAUAAAAAUAUGGAUGGAAGACUGUUACUGUCGUCGGUACUCUGCUGGUAGAUGUUGUGUUAUUGCCAUCAGUACC